AUGGCGCUGCGCGCCGCCGCGAGCGCGGCGGCGGAGCGGCGGAGCGGCGCGCGCGAGAGCGGGCGACGGGCGGGGUCGAUCGGGACAUUUGCGAAAUCAAUCGUUGGGCAAUCGCAUGCGGCAACGGCGGGGGGCGGGGCGCGCGCGCGGGGCGCGACGGUCGUCGCGCGCGUGGUCGGUGGAGGAAAGAAACGAUGUGGAUUGGCGUGGGAGGCCGCGUGCGCGGGUGGGACGCGAAGGCGAGGCGUGGGGAUGAGGGAGGCGUCGACGCGCGCGAACGCCGUCGGAUUGGGGUACGCCGAUCAAACCGGCGACGACGAUAAGGAUGACGAAGGGUUCAUCGUCGCGCCUGGGGACGAGGAUUUGAUCAUCCCGCCGACGACGGAGGAGAAUGCGAUCGAGAAGGGCAAGGAACUCUCGCUGUGGGCGGCGCUGGCGACGUGCGCGGUGAUGUAUUCGGUGCCGUACGGUUUCGUUCGGUGGAACUUGCACACGCUCGCGCCGUUGCUCUGGUAUGAACUCGGUUUGGCGACAGCGCUCGGUACUUUGAUGGCGAUGCCAUUUAUCUCUGCAAUCGGAUACCCCGCGGCGAAGUACGAACUGAAUAUGCCGAUCCUGGCGCGUUCGAGUUUCGGGAUUUGGGGGGCGGAGUUCACCGACGCCUGUCGCGCGACGCUUGGAUUCUUGCUCUACGCCGUGCAAACUUUGGUCGGGGGCGAAGCGGUGUUCGGAUUGUUCAAAACGACGUUUAUCGCCGCGAGUAUCGAAAGCGAUGUAGUCGUGCGAGCGAUGUCGUACGCGAUGUUUUGGGUGGUGCAGCUCGCAAUUUCCUUGCGCACCGUCCCUUCAUCGAGACUUCUCGCGUCUGGUCAGACCGUCUUAGCGCUCGUGGCAGGUUUCAUCGCUUGGACUUUGCGUCAAGGUAUUCCUCAGACCGCGAUCGGUUCGUUGAUUUCCGCGGGUAUGCCGGGCGCCUUGCCGAACGAGUUCUGGAAGCACGCUUGGCUUAUGGUGGGCGUUUGGGUGACGCUCGCGAGCGUGUAUCCAGAUUACACAGCGCACAUCAAGGGCUCUAGAACUGCACCUAUUGGUCAGUUUUUCUGGCUUCCCUUGCUGUCCGGUUUGUUUGCUAUCGUCGCCGCGGCCAUGGCGCAAGCGCCGAAGCCGAUUUUAUUUGCGUCCAUUGCCAUCGCCUCGCUCGUGACGAACAGUGCCGCAAACGUCGUUGGUCCGCAGGAGUAUAUGCAAGAAUUCUCGCUUCCGUGGGCAAAGACCAAGAACUAUCUUGGUGGUACGAUCUCGUCCAAGCAAGCAGCGCUCAUCAUCACCUGCGCUGUCGGCCUCUUUGCGCCGGCUCAGUUGAUGUGGCAACAAGUCGUCGCCGCUGCCUCGUGGAUCAUUGGCGUUGGUUCGUUGUUAGUCUCUCCCGUGCUCGGUGUGAUUUUGUGUGACUUCUGGCUUAUGCGUGCUGGCAAAUUAUCGCGACGAGCAAUGCAGACGCGCGAUACUAAGGGUCCAUAUUGGUUCUUUAAGGGCGUGAAUCCACGCGCCAUGAUUGCCAUUGCCGUCGCGGCGGCGCCCAACUUGCUUUCACUCAUUUCUGGUGUUUCCUAUUUGAUCGAAGCCGGUGCCUUCUCGGGUUCUGGCGCGUUCUACACGUACGUAGUGAACAUGGAGUACGCAAGUAUUAUCGGUGCUGCGAUUGCUUUCAUCGUCUAUCUCUUCAUUCACUUGCUUGAGAUGAAGCCGGUGAGGCUCGGUGAAGUCGCGGCAUCCAUCGGAGACGCCGCAGGCACCGUCACAACAUCGGUAGCGUACAGCUUUGAUGGACGAACGAAGAAGACGAUAAUCACGACGCGAGAGAAGGUGAACACGCGUCUCGCCCGUAGGCGUGAAGAAUUGCCGGACGAGGAAUACCACGACGAAAUCGAUGCUCGCGAGCGUAAACUUCGCAAGGAGGAAGAUAGACGCCGCAAGGAAGCCGAGGAGGCUCUUCGAAAGGCUGUCGAGGAUGAAAACAACGAGCGGCGUAAAGAGAACAGACGUCGUCGACUCGAGAAGGAGAGGAUCGAUAGGCUGUACGACGAAUGUGAAGCCAUUUACUCGGAAGAGAUCAUCACGACUAAGGUCAUCACUGAGACACAAAAGGGUGACCUCGAGGACCUCAUGGGUGGCGAUGAUGGCGCACCCGUUUCAGUCGCGAAAUUGCGCGAAGAAAUCGAACGCCGCCGAAAGGAAAUCGAUGCCCUUCGCAACUCUAUUCAACUACGCCGCGCGCAAGGUGAACAAGAUAUCAACUUGGCGAAGAAUAACUUUGAGAAGGCGAAGGGACUCGAGGCCGAUCUUCGAGCAAGAUUCGACACCGAGACGCGAUCUCUUUUGGAGAAGGAGGCUCGUUUGCAAGAUGAAGAAAAUCGGCGUCGUGCGGAAGCUGAGGCUCGAAUUCAACGUAUGCGAGAUGCUCUCGCCGCCGAUCGUUCCGCUGAAGAAGCUCGACGACGAGCGUGGGAUGACGAACACGCGCGUGAGCUUGAAGAAGAGAGGCGUCUCCAGGAAACGGAGGAUACCCGGCGAGAGCAGGCUCGUGAAGACAUCAGACGCGCAGUUGAUGAUGAACGUGCGCGUCUUGAACGCGAAGAAGCCGAUCGUCAAGCUGCGGAGGAACGUCGUCGUGAUGAUGCUGCGCGUAAGCUUCUACAAAUGGAGGAUGACGAGGCAAAGCGUCGCGACGACGAGGACAAGCGCCGCCGCGAAGCCGAAGCUGCCAUCAACGCUCUCCGGGAAGCGAUUGUCAAGUUCGAACGCGAUACAAAAGAUCGACGCAUCGCUGCCGAAAAUGACGCUGAUCGCAGAAAGCAAGACAUCGAAGCUGCGCUUAAGGCUGAAGAAAUUCGCGCCGCGAACGCGCAAGCUGCGAUGCGAGCCGCUGCAAAGGCAGAAGGCGAUCGGCGAAAGGCAGAGGACGAUGAUCUCGCCGCUAAGCGUCGAGCCCUUGAAGAGUUCAAGCAGCUUGGUAUUCGUCUUAAGGAUACGGAAGAAAACCGACGGCAAAAGUAUGCUCAAGAGAUCGCUCGAAUCAACGCUGAAGAGGUGCGACGCAUCGCCACUGCUGAGGCCAACCACAAAUCUCGACUUGAAGAAAUCAAGAUCCUCGAAGAGGCUGAAAAGCGCAAAAUUGCUGAUGAAGAUCAACGGCGCGCUCGUGUCGAGGCGCAAGCUGAGGCCGCUGAGGAUGCUGAACGCCGCAAAAGAGAAGCCGAAGAUGCGCGUCGACGUGCUUACGACGAUGCCGCUCGAGCUGCGCGAGAAGCUGAAAACCGACUUCGUGCCGAAGAGGAUCAACGUCGUGCCGAAAAUAAGCGUCAUGAAGAAGAACUUGCUCGAGAAGAAGCGGCUAAGAAGGAAGAAGAAACACGUCGUCAGCAAGAACAAGACAAGGCGAAUUUGAUUUUCAAUUCCCAAGAAGGUCUGCGACGCACUUCUGAAGAUUCUCGUCGCAUCGAUUUCAUCAUCAACAAGGAUGAAUUCAAGACGAAGGAACAGCUUCAACGUGAAGCGGAAGAAGCGAGACGUAAACAAGCCAAGCAAGACCUUUUGGCUGCUGCUGAAGCAGAGCGUAGAAAGCGUGAAGAGGAAGAGCGCCGUCGACGUGAAGCCGAUGCUGCUGCUGCCGAGGCUGUGCGCAAGGAAGCCGAAAGAGUGGAAGCUGAAAAUCGCCGUCGCGUCGCCGCAGAGCAAAAGUUGCGGGACAUGGAGCAACAAGAGCAACGGUUACGUAUGGAGGCCGAGAAUAAACGUCGCGCGCAAGAAGGCGAGAGUCGCACGCGAAAAGAAGCGCUCGAGCGUGCUAUCGUUGCGGAGGAGAAUCGCCGAGCCCGCGCAGCUGACGAGCUUCGUCGUCGCGAAGAAGACGAGGCACGCACUCGAGCUCGUGAAGAUCAACGCCGUGCCGAUUGGGAUCGCGAACAAGCGCGUCGCGACGCAGAAGAACAAGCUCGUCGCGCCAGAGAAGAUGCUAGAGCUAAAGAAGCGGAAGAUGUUAUUCGUGCUGCUGCGGAAGCCGAGAGAAAGAAGAUGGCCGAGGAAGACGCUCGUCGCAACGCCGAGGAAGAACGCAUUACAAAGAUGCGCUCCGACGAAGACGCUGCGUGGGCCUCCGAGCUUGCUCGUCGUGAAGCUUUCAAGGCUGAACUCCAAGCAAAACAAAGAGCUGAAGAAGAUCUCCGCGCUCAGGAAGAACGCAGACGUGAAGAUCAUGCGAAUGAGGUGUCCAGAAAGCGUCAAGAAAUUGACGAUUUCAUUCGCGACUUGGAACGUCGUCGACGCGAAGCUGAUGCCGCCGCCAAGGCUGCACUUGAGGCUGAAGCGCAAAGAGUCACGGAGUUCAGAAAGUCUCGUGAAGAAGCUAUAGCCGAAGAUGAACGUCUUCGCGCGGAAGAUGCGGCCGAGCGCCUGAGAGAAGACGCCAAGCUGCUGCAAAUGCGUGAAGAGCUCAAGAAGCUUGUGCGCGACGAAGCCAUGCGCCGUGCCGAAGAAGAAGCCCGACGCAAGGCGAUGGACAAGAAGAUUGCCGAUCAAAAGGCCAUCGACGACGAUAUUAUCGCGAAAGAGGACGCUAGACGCGACCGAUUCCGUGAUGAACUGCCGGACAUUCUCGACAAGUUCCGAGCGGAACUUGAAGCCAAGGAGGAGUUCUUACAGACUCAAGAGGAGAUGCGCCGUAAGCAAGCUGCCGACGCCAUCGCGCAAAAGGAGGCCGCUGAGAAACAACGAAGAGCUGAUUUUGACGCGCAGUGCGAGCGCAAGCAGAAAGAGAUUGACGACUUUGCGGCGAAGAUCAAGGCUUUGUUCAACGCCGAGGAAGCUCGUCGCGCCGAGUUCAGGAAGAUGAUGGAGGAGAGACAACGUAAGGAAGAUGCGCGGCGACUUGCCGCUGCUUCGCCUAUUGCUAUCGACAACAUGAUGCAGAAUCUCAACGCUACUAUUACGCAGAUGGAGUCGCAACUUCAAAUCCUCAUUCCCGAAUUGCAAGCUCUCGAAAAGACUGCAGCGGCCAACUACGAAGAGUUUAAGGCGCGCCGUGCUCAGUCCCAGAUGUCCAUUGAACGCACCGUGACGGAGGAGCAGACUAGAACUCACAAUGAAGAUGGACGUCACGCUGCUGUCUGCGCGGAAGCUGACGCAGCUGUUCGUGCCGAGCGAGCUCUACGUGAAGAGGAAGACGCCCGUAGAAAGGUGGCUGAGAUGCGUAUCAAGCAGCUCGAAGCCGAGCUCGCCGCCAUCAUCGCUGAAAUUGAUGCUCGACGUCUUGCAUGGAACGCAGAAACUUUGAGCAGGAGAGAUUCAGAGUGGGCCGCUAGACAAGACGAGGACACUCGUAGAUUUUUCAACCAGACCGAAACUGAGGGCGUUUUGUUCAAAGAAUCUUCGACGAUCAGCUUCGAAGAAUCCCGUCGUCUUGAAGCCGUCGCAGCUGCUGAACGCGCGGAGGAGUUACGAAUUGCAACUGCAGCGGCGGAGGCCGAGCGCGUGGCUGCUUCGGAAAGACGCAAGCAAUUGGCCCUCGACGAAGAGGAAAGCCGUCGCAAGGCGGCUGAAGCAGCGAAGAAGGACUCCAAAAAGCAAGCAGAAGACUUGAAGCGUCAAGCUGAAGAGCAGCGCCGCGCCAAAGAACAAGCUGAGAAGGAAGCUGCGGCAAAGGCCAAGCAAGCUGAGGAGGAAGCUGCGCGCGCCAAGAAAAAAGCUGACGAGGACGCUAAGGCGGCUGCCAAACGAGCUGAGGAGGAGAAGAAGCGUCUCGAGAAGGAACAAGAAGAGAAGAGAAAGCAAGCUGAGAAGGAGGCUGCCGAGGCGAAGCGUCGCGCUGAGAAGGAGGCGGAAGAACGUCGCAAGGCGGAAGCCAAGGCGCAGGAGGAGGCUGCGAAAGCUCAGAAGGCUGCUGAGGAAGCGAAGCGAAAGGAAGCCGAAUUAGCGAAGCGUAAGGCUGAAGAAGAGGCGAAGGCGGCUAAGGCAAAGGCGGAUGCUGAAGCCAAGGCAAAGGCGGAUGCCGAGGCCAAAGCCAAGGCGGACGCCAAGGCCAAGGCAGAGGCAGAGGCCAAAGCCAAGGCAGAGGCAGAGGCCAAAGCCAAGGCGGACGCCAAGGCAGAGGCAGAGGCCAAGGCAAAGGCGGAUGCAGAGGCCAAGGCAAAGGCGGAUGCAGAGGCCAAGGCAAAGGCGGAUGCAGAGGCCAAGGCAAAGGCGGAUGCACAGGCCAAGACCAAGGCGGAUGCACAGGCCAAGGCAAAGGCGGAAGCCGUAGCCGCUGAGGCAAAGGCAAAGGCGGACGCUGCAGCCGCCGCGGAGCGCGCGGCCGAACAAGCUGAAGCCGCGUCAAAGCCGGACAACGAAGUCACCGAUGAGCGUGCAUCUCGUUUGCAAAAGCGACUUGAAAAGAGCGCAUCCAAGGAGGAAAUCGAAGAGGUUGUCCUCGAGCUCUCUGAAGACGAAGAUCCGAUCGCCGCAACGUUGAUCCUUCAAGGAGCAGCCAACGUGGAAGCUGCGGCGACAGCCCUAGCUGCUUUGUGGCGCGCAAAAGAUACCCGAGGCGCUGAAGCGCUCAUGGGUCUCGAUUUGACCCGUGCUGCGACGUUGAUUGACAUUAUGGUGGAGAACCUUGGAGACGCCGAAGCCGCCAUCGGUUUGGUUAACAUGUCCGAGCCCGGUCGCAUGGUUGGUGUCGCUGAAUUCGUCCUUCCGUACUACCUGCGAAGCGUUGUGUACAACGGGGUCGAAAUCCUCCGCGUCGUUGCAAACCGCAACGUCAAGACUGCGAAGGUUAUUUAUGCUGGAUUGGAGAUUGAAGAACAAGUGAGCAUUGUUCGCCGUGCGAGCCUCGGGUUCGGCGCGCGCCCGGGCGUGGAGAAGCCGGAAGACAAACCCGAACCUGAUGUGAAACUCGCCGCGACUCUCUUGACUGGGCUCACGCCAUCCGCCGCUGUGGAUGUCUUGCGCACCUUCAGCACCACGGGUGUGAACAAGGGAAGCCCGAAGUGGAAGCGCCGCCAAGACGUCAUCGUUGAAGUUCUCGACGCCUUCAAGGAUAUCGGUCCCGGAGAGGACUCCAUCGCUGAACUCAUUCGCGAUAGGCUCAAGCUGUGA